AGGGAGCGUUUGCAGCAUCUCUGCGUGUUUGGUGGCGCACUGCCGCAAGAAACCAAACCACACACCUCAGCUGGACUCGCACGCCGAGUGCGUGAAGCCGCGUCGCAGCGUGGAGAUUUGGCCAGAGGUUCGUUCUCUCUCGCGUGACGCCCAAGGGGCACACAACAGCAAGAGGUGCGGUGAGCAGGCACUUUCUUUGUGGCGUAGAUCAGACGCUGCAUGACAUGACAGGUGCUGCUGAGGAGCCACUGUGGACUCUGUGUGUGCUGGUGUGGUUGCGCGUGUGCCGUGCCGUACAGGCGGGCAGGCAGGUUUUUGUUUGCGGGAGCGUGGGCGUGAUUGAGGAUGCCAACCACUUCGGCAGACCUGGACUCAGGCAUGGGUGACCUCCGUGACCAGUAAGAAGCGGAUCCACACAGACACUCCUGUACCAUGUGUGUGUGCCACGAUGGAUGCCCCUUCUCUGCCUCUCCCUCUCCCUCUCUCUCUCUCCCCGUGUGUGUGUGGAUGUGAUGGCUGCAGGUACAUCUCCAAGAUCCCCUCCUCGGCCUUCCUGACCCUCGCCCCCGACCUGCUCAAGGAGGGCUCCGUCUACGUCGCGCAGCUCUCCACCGUCGACGGCGGCCGCGACGCCUUCAUCACCGAGGCGCGGAGCCUCGUCAUCGAGAACGACGAGGCCACGACGCAUGUGGACGUGCUGCAGAACCUCGAGGACCCCUCACAGUGGAUGGUCAUAGAGGCCUACAAGCGGGGCGGCGGGCCGGCCAGGGAUGCGCAGGGCAAGCUCUCGGGGUUCCUCAAGCGCACCGAGAAGCUCAUGAGCGUGCCGGAGGACAUGAGCGAGCUCGAGAUGAUGGUGGAGUCGCCCGAUCUGGCCGAGAAGCGGGACCUGACGACCGUGUACCUGGAGCAGGUGCAGUGCAAGCCCGGCAUAGGCAUGGACGACAAGCUGAUCGAGGCCACGAGGACGCUCUCGAGGGCGGUCGGCGGCCACACCACCGCCCCCGACACACCCAGCACCACCACCACCACCAGCCCCGCCAGCACCAUGGCCAACGGCAGCAAGCCCGACGCACUGAGAGUGGUCCCCCCCUCCCCCGGCACCAUAGCCGCCCUCGAGAUGGUGCGCGACAAGGCCAACCGCUUCAUCUUCAGCCUCUUCCUCCACUGUCGAUCUGCCAACGACGCCAUGGAGAUCAGGCAGGGCCGCGACUUCCAGGCCUGGGCCGAAGCGGUCGCACCCUACCUCGACGGCGGGGCCAAGGUCUACUACUACCGCUCCGUCAUCCCCUCUGCAGACAAGAGCCCCAUCCCAGUGCGGGCCGCCGUGCCCUCAGCGGAGCUCAAGCGGCUGCCUGUGAGGGACAGCUCCUACUGGGAGCCGCAGAGCGACGGGACGGCCGUGAUUAUGGACGACGAGAAUCUGCUGCCGUACAGCGACGAGCUCAAGAAGCGGUACCAGAGCUACCUCGACUACAAGAAUGCCAUUGUCGAGAAGGAGGGGUCGCUGGAGCGGUUUGCCCAGGGGUAUCGGCUGUAUGGCUUCAACAGGGUGGAGGGGGGGUCGCGGGGGAAGGGGUGGCUGCUGCGCGAGUGGCUGCCGGCCGCCAAGGCCGUCACGCUCAUGGGCGACUUCAACGACUGGAACCGGGAGAGCCACCCACUCGUCAGCGACGAUUUUGGCAGGUGGACCCUCUUCCUCCCGGACGAUAGGAAGACCGGUAAGGCCAUUCUCACACACACACACACACACACACACACAUAUGGAUGGAUGGAUGGAUGGAUGGCACGUGUAUUGUUUCAGGUGAGUGGGCGUUGCAGCACAAGUGCAAGGUGAAGCUGCACAUCCAAGGCAGCGACGACGAGUGGUUCGACCGCAUCCCCGCAUGGACACGACUCGCCUGGCACUCGGCCACCACCAACCUCUUCGACGCCAUCAUCUGGACGCCCAAGACCCCGGAGAAGUACACCCCCAAGCACCCCCGCCCUCCCCGCCCCUCCACUCUCAAGAUCUACGAGGCCCACGUCGGCGUCAGCUCGCUGGAGGAGAAGAUCGGCACCUAUGUGGAGUUCAUCGACGAGGUGCUGCCGAGGGUGGCGCGGCUGGGGUACAACGCCAUCCUGCUCAUCGGCGUGCAGGAGCACGCCUACUAUGCCAGCAUGGGAUUCCAUCCCACAAACCUUUUCGCGCCGUCCUCUCGGUUCGGCAGCCCGGAGGAGCUCAAACAGCUGGUGAGAACCACAAGACUUCGCUCACACACGCACAGAGAGAGAGAGUGCUGUGUGUGUGGGUGGCAGAUCGACAUUGCGCAUGGGUACGGCUUGGUGGUGAUGAUGGACGUGGUGCACUGCCACGUGUCGACCAACGCCCUGGACGGCCUCAACCUGAUGGACGGCAGCGAGGGCUGCUACCUGCAUGAGGGGCUCAGAGGGCUCAACCCGGCAUGGGACUGCAGGCUAUUCAACUACAAGCAGGUGGGGACUGGACUGGCCCCAGACAGACAGACACAAUCACACACGCAGAGAGAGGGAGGGAGAGAUGGAUGGAAUGGAGAUGGAUCCAUGUGUGUGUGGUGUGUGCUGUGUGGUGUGUGCAGUGGGAGGUGACGCGCUUCCUGCUGUCCAACCUGCGGUACUUCAUCGACGAGUUCAUGGUGGACGGCUUCAGGUUCGUCGGCGUCACAUCGAUGAUCUACAAGCACCAGGGCAUCUGCGCUAAGUUCACCGGUUCGUUCGCACGCCACCCACCCCACCCCACCCACAGAGAGAGGGAGGGAGGGAGCGAACGGCGGGCAAUUUCCACCCACCCUGUCUGUCUGUCUGUCUGUCUGUGUGUUAAAUGCCCCAGGUGACUACGCACAGUACUUCGGUUUUGACAGCGACGAGGAGGCCAUCACGUACCUGACGCUGGCCAACGAGCUGGUGCACACGCUGCUGCCCGACCACGGCAUCACCAUCGCAGAGGAGACCAGCAACAUACCCACUCUCUGCAAACCCGUCGCCAAGGGCGGCAUCGGAUUCGACUACAGACUCGCCAUGGAGAAGGCCAAUGCGUGGAGGCUGCUGGUGAGGGUGUGUGUGAGUCAGGCACCACACACAGACAUGCAGACCCACACAGAGAGAGCGCCAUUUCUCUCGUCGUGUGUGUGUUGUGUGUUAGGCAAAGCGCCGCCGCGACGAGGAGUGGGACUUCGAGGAGCUGGUGCAGACGCUGACAGGGCGCCGGAAGGGCGAGAAGUGCAUCACCAUGGUCGAGUCCAAGGAGCAGUGCCUCACCGCCAAACGGCCCCUCCUCGUCGCCAUGUUUGCCUGGGAGUCCCUCCACACCCACGCCGUCGGCGGCGUCGCCCCACACGUCACCGAGCUCGCCGCGGGGCUCCAGCGGCUCGGCCACGAGGUGCAUGUCUUCGUGCGCACCACGCAGGGCGGCAACUCCCACAGGGUCUUCUAUGGGGUGCACUACCACGAGUGCCAGUUCGGGCAGAACAACGACUUCGUGCAGGAGAUGGUCAACAUGUGCGACUCCUUCGUGUGGUCGAUGGACCAGUCCGAGAACUUCAUGAACGAGACCUACCAGAUCACACACGCCCACGACUGGCUCGCCGGCAAGGCACUCGCCAAGGCCAAGCUCUCCGGACACAGAGCCGUCAUGACGAUGCACUCAACCGAGUUCGGCCGGUGCGGCAACAACGCCUAUGGCGGCCAGUCGGGGCGUAUCCGCGACAUCGAGGCGGAGGCCUGCCACGUCAGCGACCGAGUCAUUUGUGUUUCGGGGGUGCUUGCACAGGUACGUACGUCGUAUGCGUGUUUGUGGAGCAGUCGGGUGAACCCACGCACAUGGCCCUCUCUCUCCCUCUGUGUGUGUGUGUGUGUGUGUGUGGACUGGUCGAUGCGCAGGAGGUGGUGGGUCAGUACGGGAUUCACGAGGGCAAGAUCAAGGUCAUCUACAACGGCAUCCACGCCGAGCAGUUCGACGGCGAGGAGGACGCCGGCGCCAUCAAGGGCAAGUACGGCAUCGGCGCGAUGGAGCCCACCAUCCUGUUCGUUGGCCGCAUGGCCGUCCAGAAGGGCCCCGACCUGCUCGUCGAGGCCAUCCCGAUGAUUCUCAACAUGCGCAACGACUGCAAGUUCCUCAUGGUCGGCGACGGGCACAUGAAGGCCGGCCUCGAGGGCAGGACCCAGCAGCUCGGCGUGGGACACGCCGUCAGGUGGCUCGGCAAAAAGGGAGGCGGCGAGCUCAAGUCCCUUUUCAAGGUGCGCACGCCACGCCACGCCCGACCCCACCCACCCUCCCUCCCUGACACAACCAGAGACGCCUCACUCACCACAAACCCUCCUCUGUGCUUUUGUGUCUGUGUGUAUGGAUGGAUGGAUGGACGGAUGUCAGGCGUGUGACGCCGUAGUGGUGCCGUCGCGCAACGAGCCGUUCGGCAUUGUGGUGCUAGAGGCCUGGUCGGCGAGCAAGCCAGUGGUGGCCACCACUUGUGGCGGGCCGCGCGACUUCGUCUCGCCCGACAACGACGGGUGGCUGGUGGACCCUGAGCCGGGCUCCAUCGCCUGGGGCGUGUGCGAGAUUUUGAAGAACUUCGCCCACAGCCAGUGGAUGGGCACCCGGGGGCGCGUCAAGGCGGCCUUCAACUUCUCGUGGGACACCAUCGCCCGCCAGACCCGUGACGUCUACUACGAGCAGAUGAACCGCCACGACGCCCCGUACGCCAGCUACCACCUGGGCGACGCCACACUGGCCCACGUGCUGAUGGGCUCGGCCAUGUACAACAACAUGGGUGUCUUCGACCCCAACGAGGGCGCCGCGCGCGGCCUGGCCCUGCACAAGAUGAUCCGCCUGUUUGGCUGCGGGCUGGGCGGCGACGGGUACAUGACCUUCAUGGGCAACGAGUUCGGCCACCCGGAGUGGAUCGACAUGCCGCGGGCGGGCAACGGGUGGUCGCACUCACACGCGCGCCGCCGAUGGGACCUGGCGGACAACAAGGACCUCAAGUUCAAGAACUUCGAGUUCUUCGAGGCGUGUUUGUUGCGCUGGGAGAGCAAGCUCCAGUGGAUGGCCGCCCCCUCCGAGAAGCUCAUCGUCUGCAUGCCGAGCGACAAGGUCGUCGCCUUCGAGCGGGGCCCCUGCCUCUUCCUCUUCAACUUCCACCCCACGGCCUGGUACAGCCAGUACCGAAUCGGCACCUCAUCCACCACUCCCCUCCUCGCAGCACUCGACACCGACGAGGGCCGGUUCGGCGGCCUUGACCGCCACCAGGACGCGCACCUGAAGCCGUUCCCCAUCGGGGAGGGCUGGAAUGAGUGCGAUGGGUCGAUCUUGGUCGACCUUCCAGCCCGCACCGGCCUGGUGCUGGCGCCGGUGGACGUGCUCGAGAAGGCGCGCCGGACGGCGGUCAAGGGCGAGGAGGUCCUGGCCAUGGACGUGGACGACUUCGUGUCGUCCCUGCCGAGGUGGAAGAUCAGGGCCAACGGGGCGGCGCCCGCCACCAGUGGCAGCGUCGGCACGGCCAUCAAGGGCGGCGUGUCGUCGAUGCCUGUGGGGGGCGUACGGCCCAUGAAGAAUGGCUUCUGAGCGAAUGAGGGAGGGAGGGAUGGAGGUCGCCGUGCCGACCACACGAGCAGUCCGGCUAGCUCAGCUCGUUUUUCCUUCCUCGGUUGGCUUGGCUGCUGCCUGGAUUGCUCGGCUGGCGUGACGUGGCCUGCCCUGCUGGUGCGCGUGGUCGGUAGGCUCCUGUUGCUCUCUGUCCGCGAUGUGUUUGCUUAUGCCCAUACAUGUGUGUGUGUGUGUGCGUGUCGAUGUGGUCUGCAUUUUUCUGGUUUGGGAGCGCGGGCACAGCAGCAGAGUGCGAGAGAGAGAGAGAGAGAGAGAGAGAGAAGAGUGCGUGGUUUCUUUCUCUGUCUAUCUACCUAUCUUUUUUCUGACGGACAGACAGCCAGACGGGCGGGGAUGCAGGCAGGCAGACACGCCGGCAUGCCGGUAGGCAAGUUUCUGGGGUCUGCCUGCCUGCCUGUCUGUUUGGAUGGGGCCCUUCUGUGUGUCACGUGCUGUGGUGUCAUGUGUCCUGUGUCCUGUGUGGCCCAUUGAGGGUGGGCUGGUGAGAGCCAGGGAGGUGGUCACUUGACGAUGCGUCAAUGGUGUGAAAAAAAUGAAUGGAUGGAUGGAUGGAUGGUGCCGAAAGGUCAUUGGACCUUAUCCGCAGCCAGACGGACAGACAGACAGACAGACACCAAGGUAGCGAGCCAGUGUGUAGAGAGAGAUGCACCCCACCCUCAGAUGCAAUCAAUGCCUGCAAUGCCACUCACGCCACCCACCAUGGGGCGUUUUGUAGUUCUCGCGGCCCCCUCUCUCUUGCCGGGCGGGCGGGCGGGGGUGCGAUUGAACGGUUAAGUCCAUCCACCGUGUGGCGCUGUGUGUGUGGCUGACGUGUAUGAUAGCCAGACAGACAGACUGACGGGUGUCGGUCGGUGGCUGCCUGUGUUGUGCUUGUGGGAGGCAGGCAGGUGUGCUUGUGGGAGGCAGGCAGGUGCGGAGCGGACACUUUCAAGAAAGAGGCGUCGAUGUAUGGAUGGAGGGAUGGAUGGGUAAAAUGGGUGCGUGAGUGAGUCUUUUAUGGCGGGUGGUGACCUUGUCUUGUGUGCCGGGGCCACAUCUGUCUGUCAAGAUGUCUGUCUUGCUUUAUCCAGUUCGUCCUAAUGUUUCCCUCCCCUCCCUCCCUCGCUGCCACGUUUCUUGUGUACCAUGGUGUGACCACCAGCCGGCCUGCCUGCCUGCCUGGGUGUCAACAGACAGACGGACAGACAGGCAGACAGACAGAGGUGUAAGUAAGCAUGACGGCCGGCAGCACACGUCACGGUCCCUCCUUGGUCUGCAAAUGCAGCGAGACGGCCCGGCCUUGCUUGCCUUCUUUCGCUUCCUUUCACUUCCCCUACUACCACUCACUUCACUCACUGCGUAUUGUAUGGCAGCGCAAUUUUCAACAAGCUACCUCCCUCCCUGCCCAUCCGAUCCAAGCAUUUUUCUUUUGCUUGCCUGAGAGUGAUUUUUGAUGACCUACCCUACCGAAUUCUUCGCCUGCCUACCUGUUUCUCUCUCUCUCUCUCUCUCUGUGGGCCUGCCUGCCUGCCUGGUCUGUCUGCCUUGUCUGCCUUGUCUGUCAUGCCUGUCAACACCAAUUUUGAAUCAUCCUGGAGAGAGCUUCGGCUUGAGGUUUUGUCGUCUCGCUCACUCACUCAGUCGCUCGCCCGUCGUGUCGUCGCUCUCUGCUGCCUCUGCUGCCUAAGAUCCUAUCUUCAUGCCUGGCUCCCUCCCUGUCUGCCUGUCUGCCAUGUGUGCGUGCCUUCCUGCCUGCCUGCCUGCCGUGCUGUGCUGUGCUUUGCUGUGCUGCCUCACUCACUGACCACCGUCUUUUUCGGUCCUAUCUAUCAAUCCACUUUCCCCCACUCCCCAACGUGCCGUCAGUCAAGUCAGAUUGAGCAUCGAUGCGUGGCUAUUUAACACACGAUGCCGACCUGCCUGCCUGACACUGCCUGCCUGCCUGUCUGCCUGCGAUUAUGUGACUGUUGUGCUGCUGCGAGAGAGCUUUUCAACGUGCGCGAGCUGAGUGUGUGAGCGAGUGGGUGCGUGAGCGUGCCGGCCGGCGAUUUGUGGCGUGGCGUGGCGUGGCGCACGGCGCGGCGGUGGGCCUCUUUGUCAGACAUGGAUGGAUCGAUGCGAUUGAUGGACGCGAUGGAUGGAUGGAUGACCUACCUGCCCGGUUGAUUGAUGCGUGUGUGUCUGUGGCUGUGGCUGAGGCUACGUGAGCGUCGGCGGUGUCUUGUCUGUCUGGUGUGGUGGAUGUACGUGUCUGAGUGUGUGUGUGUGAGUUAAGACUUGUGAUGAUGGACUGACUGAAGCUUGCUUGAACUAACCCUUCACAAUGCAG